AUGACUAACUCCUGCUGUCUUCUUACUGUUGUCUUCUUUUUGAUUAAAUCAACAGAAAAAGAUGAUGAUUACAUUGUGCUGUGCCAUCAUUGGGAUCGUUGGGUUCUCCUAUCUCUACAGCUUCUUCUCAUAAAAGGUUUUACACAGGUAAAAUCACCUGUAUCAUCCAAUAACUCAAUGAACUCUGACCUUACAUGGUAUAUUUAGUAUUUCUGAAUAAUGUUUAUUCUUUCUGUCUUUGUGUAGCAUUUCUUGAUGGGAUGGUUUGAUGAAAGAAACUCUUCCUGA